AGGCCCGGUUAUUUGUGCCAAGUUCAAUCUUCUGCAGACCUCCCGUUCCUGAGAUGCCUGACCUAGCAGGAGUGGCAUCGCCGACCCAAGGGGUUUAUUUUUCACUUAAAUUCCACUUUGUAAUGUAAGUUUCACUUCCGAGACGGAUGUUGAAUGGCGGGGUUGGUGUUAUUUCAAGGAAUGUAGCCCAUAAAUAUUACACGUUAAAAAUGAAAAUCAUUAUUUUUACGCAGCAAGAGAAAGUUUGCCACGUUGUGUGCAAACAUUCCAAAUCGCGAACUUUAUUAAAUCGCUGACCGCCGUUUUAAGAACUUUACGUAACGAGUCGAGUUUUGGGACAAGUUGGAAAUCAUGGGGGGUGGGGGGGGGAUCGUGGGUGCCCCCCCCACCUUCUGCUGGCACUCCGCAUCUGCCUCGCGUUCCCCCACCUGCCCCAGCGCCGGCCUCAUCGGGUCCCGCCUCCCUCCCCCUAUGCUGGGAGACAUCGAGGCGUGCGCUCGGGGAGAGGGUCUGGGCCACGCGCAGUCCGCGGCCACGCUGGGACGAUGUCGACCGCCCGACUGCUGCGCUUCCUCUUGCUGGCGGUGGCCGCCGCGCCCCCGGCCAGCACGCGACCGUUCGGCUUCACCGCUCGCUUGGACGACGAGACGGUGGAGGAGCUCCGGAAGGAGAUCGAGGACAUCUGGCUCGAGCUGAAGAUGCUGAAGGAGCAGCAGGCCCUGCAGACCGUGUGUCUGCGCGGCGAGAAGGUGGGCCGCAAGUGCCUUCUGGUGGAGGAGGAGCCGGGCGAGCUGGAGAAGACCUUCUACGAGGCGGGCGAGGCGUGCGUGCAUCUCGGCGGCUCGCUCGCCGUGCCGCGCGACGCCGACGAGAACGCCGCCGUCGUGCGCCUCGCCCGCCGGGCCCUGGGCCCCGCCGCCAAUGUGUGGGUGGGCCUGAGCGACGUGGCCUCCGAGGGCGCCUUCCGGGACCAGUCGGGCGAGGCGGUGAACUUCACGAUCUGGGAGGACGCCAUCUCGGGCCAGCCGGACGGCGGGCGGCGCGAGAACUGCGUGGCGCUGUCGGUGAUGCUGGACGGGAGGUGGUUCGACGACCCGUGUUACCGUCUGGCGGGCUACGCCUGCGAGUUCGCCGUGCCGUGAAGUCGCCGCUCGCGUCGCUCGCACCGAUCCGAUCUCGCCGACGUCCUCGAGUUUUGUUUGUAGCUCAGAACGCAAACGCCAAUUAACGUAGGCAGUCACUCUACUCUAGAGGUUUGAAGUAUAUAUAUAUAUAAAAAGUUAUCCAUAUAUAUGACCUAUGGCCCAAGUAGGGGCCGUAGUUCAGCUUUGUUGUUUGCAAGCAUGGUGGUUGGAAUCAGAGGAAGGGGCCGGUUUUUUAAAUGUCACGUUCAUUGACCAAAGGUUCACCACCCUGAAUUAUCAUUUUGGGCAAUUUAUCAAAUUCAGGCAAUGAACACAAUCUAAACAGAAUUUAGUUGCCUCCAAAUUCUCUGAAAAUCAGAGACGGUGACUUUUAGGACACAAAUCCUCCCGUCUCCCUUAAUGCGGCAACGUAAACGCCGAGUUAGACCGACGAUGGAACGAUCGUAGCGCCAAAACCCCCGUCUCGCCCGGCGCCGGUCGCUGCGUGGCACCAGUAGAAUUAUUUCACCGUGAACUCCUCUUACCCGUGACACAGCAGCAGGGGCGCAAACUCCACGGACCCAAUCUGUAAUCUACCCAGAAACCUCUGGGAACCGGUUGCUAAAUCGCAUGCUUCCGCAGAGUGGCUGCAAACCCUACUCCAGACUUUUUAUGAAUAAAAACCUCAUCAAGCUGA